GUCUCCUGGCCCCGGGCACACCACCUGGAGUGUGGCCAGCUUGGACCAAGGGGCAGACAUAGGAAGGGGGAAGGACCCUCCAGGGGCAGCUGCCAACGCAGGCUCCCGGCUGGCUCCAGCCCCAUAAAUACCCGUGGGCUGGAGGCAGGGCCACCCUGAGGCAGGCGCACACCAUGGGGUACCUGCAGCUGCUGGUCUUGGGCGUCACCUGCUGCCUGGCAGCAGUGAGCUCGGCGAAGCUGGGCGUCGUGUACACGGAAGGAGGCUUCGUGCAGGGCGUCAACAAGAAGCUCGGCCUCUUUGGCAGCUCUGUAGAUGUCUUCAAGGGCAUCCCCUUCGCGGCCGCCCCCAAGCCCCUGGAGAACCCCCAGCGACACCCUGGCUGGCAAGGCACCCUGAAGGCCAAGGACUUCAAGACGCAAUGCCUCCAAGCUCCCCUAUUCCAGGACAACGCCCAGGGCUCCGAGGACUGCCUGUACCUCAACAUCUGGGUCCCCCAGGGCAAGAAGGAAGUGUCCCGGGACCUGCCCGUCAUGAUCUGGAUCUACGGGGGCGCCUUCCUCAUGGGGUCCGGCCAAGGGGCCAACCUCCUCAGCAACUACCUGUACGACGGGGAGGAGAUCGCCACCCGGGGCAACGUCAUCGUGGUCACCUUCAACUACCGCGUGGGGCCCCUGGGCUUCCUCAGCACCGGGGACUCCAACCUGCCAGGUAACUACGGCCUUCGGGACCAGCACAUGGCCAUCGCGUGGGUGAAGAGGAACAUCGCGGCCUUUGGGGGGGACCCCAACAACAUCACCCUCUUUGGGCAAUCCGCUGGAGCUGUCAGCGUCUCUCUGCAGAUCCUCUCUCCCUACAACAAGGGCCUCAUCCGCCGAGCCAUCAGCCAGAGCGGCGUGGCACUGGUCCCCUGGUCCAUCCAGAAGAAUCCUCUCUUGUGGGCCCAAAUGAUUGCCAAGAAGGUGGGCUGCCCCGUGGACGACACGGCCAGGAUGGCCAAGUGUCUGAAGGUCACCGACCCCCAUGCCCUGACGAUGGCCUAUAAGAUGCCCCUGGGAAGCAUGGAAUACCCCAUGGUGUACUACAUGGGCUUCCUGCCCGUCGUCGAUGGGGAUUUCUUCCCCGACCACCCCGUCAACCUGUUCGCCAACGCCGCCGACAUCGACUACAUCGCUGGCACCAACGACAUGGAUGGCCACCUCUUUGCCACCGUGGACAUGCCGGCCAUCGACAAGAACAAGCAGACCGUCACGGAUGAGGACUUCUUCAAGCUGGUCAGCGGGCUCACCAUCAGGAAGGGGCAAAAGGGCGCCUCUUCCACCUUUGACUUCUACACGGAGCCCUGGGCCCGAGACGCGUCCCAGGAGGCCAAGAAGAAGACGGUAGUGGACUUGGAGACCGACAUCCUCUUCCUCAUUCCCACCAAGGUCACCCUGGCCCAGCACAGAGCCAAUGCCAAGAGCGCCAAGACCUACAGCUACCUGUUCUCCCAGCCCUCUCGGAUGCCCACCUACCCCAGCUGGGUGGGGGCCGAGCACUCGGAUGAUAUCCAGUACGUCUUCGGGAAGCCCUUCAGCACCUCCCUGGGCUACCGGGCCCAGGACAGAACUAUCUCCAAGGCCAUGAUUGCCUACUGGACCAACUUCGCCAGAACUGGGGACCCCAACACAGGCCACCUGGCCGUGCCCACACACUGGGACCCCUACACCCCGGAAAACGGCAACUACCUGGAGAUCAACAAGGAGAUAGACAGCUCGUCCAUGAAACAGCACCUGAGGGGCGACUACCUGCAGUACUGGACCCUGACCUACCAGGCGCUGCCCACGGUCACUGAAGACGAGCCCACCCCCGCGCCCCCCGAGGGAGACUCCGAGGCCACCCCCGCGCCCCCCGAGGGAGACUCUGAGGCCACUCCUGUGCCCCCCGAGGGAGACUCCGAGGCCACCCCCGCACCCCCCGAGGGAGACUCUGAGGCCACUCCUGUGCCCCCCACAGGAGACUCUGAGGCAGCCCCCGCACCCCCCGAGGGAGACUCCGAGGCAGCUCAGAUGCCCGCAGCCAUCGGGUUCUAG